GGGAAGUAGUGGGGAGGGAGGGGACAAGUAGAAAUUUUGUUGGACAUUAGUGAAUGGGCCGGAUAGGCAGUGAGCCUAAUGUAAUUCGACAAUGACUGACUUGUAGAUGACUCUAUGCCCUAACGAAAAAAGAAGAACAAAAUUAUUAAAUUAAAUUAAUAAUAACGAGUCAGAUAAGAAAAUUUAACCUUUGAUUUUUUGGAAAUGAUCAUCAUCGUUUCAUCGGCUCUUCCUUGAUUGAUUCACAUCCAUAAUCGCUUAUUGGCAACAAAGACACUUUUGCACCUCAAACACACCAUGGCGUCUCAAUCUUCUUCAAACGAAGGCGGCCCUAGUACCCUCAAUGUUUCAUCAGAUUCUUCAGAUUCAACUGUUCACCUAAAUGUCAAGACUCUUGAUUCCCGAAUCUACACCUUUCAAGUUCACAAAAAUAUGCCCGUUUCGCAGUUCAAAGAGAAAAUUGCAAAUGAAAUAGGUGUUCCAGUUAGUCAGCAACGACUAAUAUUUAGAGGAAAAGUCUUAAAGGAUGAACAUGUUCUUUCUGAGUAUCAUUUUGAGAAUGGGCAUACAUUGCAUUUAGUUGAAAGACAGCCAAAUCAGUCACAGACUCCUGGUACAGGCUCUGGUGAGACAACUAGCACAACCAGUAACCGAGGAAACGAUGUUGGAUCAGGAGCUCCUCGUAACCGUGUUGGGCAAAUUUCGCACAGUGUGGUUCUUGGGACUUUUAAUGUGGGGGAACAGGGUGAAGGCAUUUCUCAAGACCUUACUCGGGUUAUUGGGGCAGUUUUGAAUUCUUUUGCGAACGGGGGCCAGAACACAAUUAAUGUUCCUAAUUCCACACAAAAUUCUUCAGCUCCAGCAGGGAAUGAAACUGAAGGAAAUCAAGCUGAAAAUCAAAGCCUAGCCGGAAAUCAGGCACCAUCUGGACAGGCAUUUUCUGGUCAAGCAUUCCAAUCACGGCCUCAUGUUGUUCAGAUUCCUAUGGCUGCAGGAGCUAUACCUGUUCCUUCUUUCAAUGCACCAAUUCCUGAUUCACUGAGCACGCUGUCUGAGUUCAUAAAUCGCAUGGAACAUACACUUUCACAAAAUGGUUAUGGGCCAAAUGUAUCUUCAACUAACCUUGGAGAUCAACAAGCUGAAUUGCCUUCCAAUACACAAGGGUUGCCGACACUUGAAGCACUGACCACUGUAUUGCAUCGUGCAGAACAGUUGCUUAGUGGUCAAGCUGUUUCUGCGCUAUCUCAUAUUGCAGGGCGCAUGGAGCGAGAGGGAACUUCUGCUGAUCUAGGUAUAAGGGGUCAAAUACAGUCAGAGUCAGCACAGAUAGGAAUUGCUAUGCAGCAUUUGGGUGCACUUCUACUUGAACUAGGCCGAACUAUGUUAACACUGCGAAUGGGACGGUCUCCUGCAGAAUCUGUUGUUAAUGCUGGACCAGCAGUUUAUAUUUCUCCAUCAGGGCCGAAUCCUAUAAUGGCGCAGCCAUUUCCACUUCAGACAAGUUCCCUCUUUGGCGGUCCACUUUCUUCAACUCCUGCAACUUUAGGCACCGUUGGUGUUGGAAGUGCUCCUAGGAACGUAAACAUUCACAUACACGCUGCUGGUGCCUCUCUUGCACCAAUUGUUUCAGCAAUUGGCUCUAGACCAAAUAAUGGGGAAGGAACGAGGACUGAACACCGUAGUGAGCCUGGUUCUGGGGUUUCAGGUUCGACACGGGUUUUACCCGUUAGAAAUGUUAUGUCAGCAACUCUCCCAUCCAACCCUUCUGGCACCGGAGCUGCUGGUAGCACACCAACUGGAUUUAGUAUUUCUACUUCACAGCUACCACCUGAUUCAGCUCCAUUAUCAUCUGUUUUAGCGGAAAUCCAUUCUCGCCUUAGAAACUCUGUUGGCAAUAUGCAAGGAGAUAGCACAGUUCUGUCAGGCCAAAUGCAAUCAGCUAACAGGGACUUGUCUUCUGGAUCUGAACCAAGACCCGCACAUGUAAAUGAACAGAGAGAUACUGGGGAGACAAAUGGAUGUGGUGAUGCCGGUGCAUCCUCAGUUGGUCCCACUUCUGAAAGUGGAGUAGAGAAGCCCCAAACUGAGGCAAUCAAAACCUGUAGUAAUGACGAGAGAGAUGUUUUGAUCGACAAAUUUGUUUCAAGUUCUUCCAAUCAAGAUUUACAAAGUUGUUCUAGUGGAGAAACAACGGUAAAAUCAGAGAAAGUACAGGAGGCUCCAACUGUAAGUGAAAGACGAGAUGUAACUGAACCUGCCAAAACUGCUCCUCUUGGACUGGGUGUGAGUGGUUUGGAGCGUAAGAAACGAACCAGACUUCAACCUCCUGUUGGUAAAGCUGCUGAUGACGGAUCCUCCAGUUCUUCCAUCAAUCGAAGUCAGGAACCAAGGACAGAUAGUCAAAAUAUAUUGCAAACACUCGCGAGUCAAGGAUCUGCGGUUAAUUUGAUAAAUGCUGACAGGCCAUCAUCUCAGCGACCCAUACCCUCCGGUGGUAGUCAGAUUGAUGUGGCGGGUUUAAUGUCUCAGGUUCUACAUAGUCCUGCUCUGAAUGGUUUGUUGGAAGGGUUUUCACAGCAAACAGGUGUCGACUCACCUGAUGGCUUAAGGAACAUGUUGCAGCAGUUCACUCAAAGCCCACAGAUGAUGAACACAGUCAAUCAGAUUGCCCAGCAUGUUGGCAGUCAGGAUAUGGGGAACAUGUUAACUGGAACGGGAAGAGGGCAGGGUGGUGGCGUUGAUUUUUCAAGGAUGUUUCAACAGAUGAUGCCCAUUGUAUCACAAGCCCUUGGAGGGGGAAAUCCUCCAUCAUUAUUCUCUGCUGCAGAACCAGAAACCCGUGCACCCUACAGGAAUGAAAAUUCCGAUAAUCAAAGUUUACAGCUCGACCUUCAACCAGUGGUAGAGAGGAUUGAUCGCCCAAGUCCACCUAGAGAUGUCUUCCGUGCUGUAGCUGAAAAUGCUGUACAGCUGUCUGGUAGCGGAAGUGCUUCUGAUGAUCUUCUGGAUGAGUUAUGUUGCAAUGAAAGUCUUGCCAGUGAAUAUAUGGAGAUGUUGCGAUAUGAUGUAAAUCAGCUGCUUGAAGGACGUUCGAAGAGAGACAAGUCCUAAUUCAGAGUUUAUGUGCAUAUGAAUUGUUGCUUCAUUGCUUCUAUUUCGUUUCAAAUCUUAACCCUCCAGAAAAGUGCUAGAAAUGAGUUUUGGUCUGUUGUGCCCUAAAUGAUUAUUGGUCUGGAUCAUGACCUCCAGAUCAUAGGUGAACAUUUGUUAUACACAUGCCUGACAGGACCAGUUGUUUCUGAUGUUGGAGUGAGGCGUUUAUUGGCCUCCACUGUCAUACUUUGAUGUAAUUUUGACUAGCGGACAGUGGGUGCUUUAAUCAAAUAUUCUUGUACAUCUUGUGCUUUCAUGGUUUUUCGUUAUGAAUAACUAAAUCUUAUUGCACUGUGAA